AUGAUCUGUGCCGCAAAGCGAAAAGUCCUGGAUGGACUCAAUAAAAGAUACAUCUACGGUCGCGUGCCUCUAUUGCACACGAUCAUAUUUCUUAUCGAGAUGGCAGUAGCAGCACGCCUCGCCGCCAAAUUUAAUACCUACUAUGCCGAAAAGCCAGUGCUCACGACGAUGGUCACCAACGCGGUGCUUGGUGGUGUCGCCGAUACUGUUGCGCAGCUGAUUACGGCCUUCCAAACUCGCCGGACCCAAACAAGCGGUGACGACUUCCUCUCAAUAGAGAUCCCCGACCUCGACAAGGAGAAGCCGCCUACCGUGGGAGAAUGGGGAUACGGCAGGGGCCUACCGCCGGCCUUUGAUUUCGAGCGCCUGACGCGGUUUAUGGCGUACGGUUUCUUCAUGGCGCCUAUUCAGUUCCAGUGGUUCGGCUUCUUGUCACGAGCCUUCCCGCUCACUAAGAUGCACCCGACUGCUCCGGCGUUUAAGCGCGUAGCAUUCGAUCAGUUCAUCUUUGCACCAUUUGGUCUCGCGUGCUUCUUCACCUACAUGACGAUCGCCGAGGGUGGUGGCAGAAGAGCCUUGACACAAAAGUUCCGAGAUGUGUACUUGCCAACUCUCAAGGCCAAUUUCGUGCUGUGGCCGGCAGUGCAGAUCCUCAACUUCCGUGUCGUCCCUAUUCAGUUCCAGAUUCCCUUUGUUUCCACUAUCGGUAUCGCGUGGACCGCAUACCUUUCUCUGACCAAUUCCUCCGAGGAAUCUUAA